AUGGAGACCAACAACCUGACGCAGUUCCAGUCCUCUCCAGCAGAGGACACCAGACUGCAGUUCCUCUGUCAGCCUGGGGGGCGCAGUGCUCCUCUCUCCCCUUCUCUAUCCUCCUCUCUCCUCCUCUAUCUCUCUCCUUCUCUUCUUUUCCCCUCUCUGUCUUCUCUCUCCUCCUUGCCCUCUCCUCUCCCGUGCUCCUUCUCUUUCCUCUUAUCCUCCUUUCCCUCUCUCCUUUCCUCCUCCUCUCUCUCCUUCUUUCUCUUCCUCGCCCUCUCCUCUUCCUCAUUCUCUCUCCCUUUAUCCUCCUCUCUCCUCUUCGCCCUCUCCUCUAUCCUUCUCUCCUCCUCUCCCCUCUCUCUCCUCUUCCUUCUCUCCUUCUCUUACCCUCCUCUCCCUCUCUCCUCCUAG